AAACCAAAAUUUCUACAAAUAAUGAGUCUGGAGAACAGCACUGUGAAGACUGAAUUCUAUCUCCUGGGAUUCAGUGAUCAUCCAGAGCUCCAGAGUCUCCUAUUUGCUGUGUUUUUCUCCAUCUACUUCAUUACUCUGAUGGGGAAUAUUGGCAUGAUCUUAUUGAUCACAGUCAGUCCUAAUUUACACAUUCCCAUGUACUUUUUCCUCUGUAUGCUGUCCUUCAUAGAUACAUGUUCCUCCUCUGCCAUUGCCCCCAAAUUACUUGUGGAUCUGAUUUCUGACAAGAAGGUGAUUUCUUACAAUGGCUGUGCUACACAGUUUUAUUUUUUCUGCUCUCUGGUUGAUACAGAAUCUUUCCUUUUGGCUGCCAUGGCUUAUGACAGGUACAUUGCAAUCUGUAACCCCCUGCUCUAUACUGUAAUUAUGUCUAAGAGGGUCUGUACUCAGCUGGCAUUUGGAGCAUUCUUGGGUGGAACUAUGAGUUCAAUAAUCCAUACUACUAACACUUUCCAGUUGUCAUUCUGCUCCAAAGAAAUUAACCAUUUUUUUUGUGAUAUGACUCCACUCUUCUCUCUGUCCUGCUUUGAUACUUACACACAUGACAUAAUAUUGGUGGUUUUCGCAAGUUUGGUAGAAGCUGUCUGUCUUUUUGCUGUCCUCCUCUCCUAUAUGUAUAUUAUAGUGGCCAUUCUUAAAACAGGUUCUGCAGAAGGAAGAAAGAAAGGGUUCUCUACUUGUGCGUCUCACCUGGCCGUAAUCACCAUUUAUCAUGGCACCCUGAUUUUUAUUUAUUUGCGUCCUAGUACAGGACAUUCCAUGGAUAUUGAUAAAGUGACUUCUGUGUUCUAUACAUUGAUUAUACCCAUGCUUAACCCCUUGAUAUAUAGUCUCAGGAACAAAGAUGUCAAAUUUGCCUUUAGAAAAAUUAUUAGCAAAAAAAUUGUUUUUUUAGUUAUUUAA